UGACGUUUGACCGUGGUGACGUCUCACCACUUCCUGUCUCCACCCGUUGGCAGCCAUGAUGCAGGAAGGGCUGGACGACGGACCCGACUUCCUCUCCGAGGAGGACCGGGGAUCGCGGGCGGUGAACGUGGAUCUGCAGACGGACGCCACGCUGCAAGUCGACAUCUCCGACGCCCUGAGCGAAAGAGACAAGGUCAAGUUCACUGUCCACACCAAGAGCACGCUCCCCAACUUUAAGCAGAACGAGUUCUCAGUGGUUCGACAGCAUGAAGAGUUCAUCUGGCUGCACGACUCGUUCGUGGAAAACGAAGACUACGCAGGAUACAUCAUCCCCCCCGCCCCCCCCAGACCAGACUUUGAUGCAUCCAGAGAGAAGCUGCAGAAGCUGGGGGAAGGAGAAGGAUCCAUGACCAAGGAGGAGUUCACCAAGAUGAAGCAGGAGCUGGAGGCAGAGUACCUGGCCAUCUUUAAGAAGACCGUCGCCAUGCACGAGGUCUUCCUGUGCCGCGUGGCGGCUCAUCCUGUCCUCAGGAAAGACCUCAACUUCCACGUCUUCCUGGAGUACAACCAGGACCUGAGUGUUCGAGGGAAGAACAAGAAGGAGAAACUGGAGGAUUUCUUUAAGAACGUGGUGAAGUCGGCCGACGGCGUCCUGGUGGCCGGAGUCAAGGACGUGGAUGAUUUCUUCGAGCAUGAGAAGACGUUUCUGUUAGAAUAUCACAACAGAGUGAAAGAUGCUUCGGCCAAAUCUGACAGAAUGAUUCGCUCGCACAAAAACGCUGCAGAUGACAUCAACAGAAUCGCCUCGUCUCUCUACACGUUAGGAACGCAGGACUCCACAGACCUCUGCAAGUUUUUCCUGAAAGUCUCGGAGCUUUUUGAGAAAACGAGGAAAAUUGAAGCUCGUGUUGCGGCAGAUGAAGACCUGAAGCUCGCAGACCUCCUGAAAUAUUACCUGAGAGAGUCACAGGCUGCAAAGGACCUGUUGUACCGGAGGAGCCGGGCUCUGGUGGACUACGAGAACGCUAACAAGGCUCUGGAUAAAGCUCGAGCCAAAAACAGAGAUGUCCUACAGGCCGAGACCAGCCAGCAGCUCUGCUGCCACAAGUUUGAGAAGAUCUCUGAGUCCGCCAAGCAAGAGCUCAUAGACUUUAAGACGAGACGAGUGGCAGCGUUCAGGAAGAACCUGGUGGAGCUGGCAGAGCUGGAGCUCAAACACGCCAAGGGGAACCUCCAGCUGCUGCAGAGCUGUCUGGGCAUCCUCAAGGGCAACACCUAACUGUACGACUCCGCCUGCAUCCAACUGGACGCGCCCCUCGUCCAGGCCACGCCCACCGCGGGGCGGGACCCGGACGGACGGACGGACGAACGACACCGAGAACUCUGGACCAGAGAGGGAGAGAGAGAACAGAGGGUUAACAAUGACAGGAAGUCUGUUGUCUUCACCACUAACCAGACACCGUCCUCAUCAUCUUCUUCACCCUCCUCUUCCUCCUCAUCCUCUCCCUCUCUCUCCAGCAGCUCCUGUACUGGUUCUACUGGCCCAGUAUCAGAAGUGCAGCUCCUGUACUGGUCCCGCUGGUCCAGCAGAACCAGCUGGGUCAGUGUGGUUUUCUUUCUCUCCCGAGUGACGUUCAUGUGGACCCGUUCUAGAAGAAUUACGUUUCUCCCGUUUUCUUCGUUUCACAGACCAGUCUCCACAGUCUGGUUCCAGUGGGAUUCUGGUGUAACUGGGCCUGGGUAUCAUUGAUUGAAUACUAGCGCCGAUACGGUAGUUUAGUCCCGGUUACGUUACCAAAUCAAUACUUAAUCCGAGAAGUUAAUUUGAGAGACACUAAAACUGUCGAACAGCAGCUUUGACUGAAGUUCAGUUUAAAUCAGCGACCGAUCAAUGAACUAGUCGCCCAGAUUAGAACUCGGUCCGGACGGGACCUGGCAGUCUGGACUGUACCCGCCAGAAACUGACCUGGAGCAGGACAGAAACACAUAUGAACAUCACUCAGAGGAGACUGCGCCGAUCCCAGUCUGUUGCUUCCAGAGGAACUGGUCCCAGUUUGUGUCACCUGGUCUCCGUCCUGUGAAAACCUCCAUCUUGCCGAGUCGUUUUUGUCUUUUCUUGGGUCUUAAAAGUUUCAUUCGCCGCAGAAAAGCUCUGGAGGCCUAAUCUCAUAAUUACCAGAAAACAUCUCAUAUUUAUGAGAGUUUAUUGUUACCGGUUUCUGGUAAUUAAGAAAUCUUUUGUUUUCAUAAUUCUCAGAUGUUUUUUUUUCUUUGUAGUUGUGAGAUUCGGCCUCUAAAUUCUUUCUCUUCGGUGAAUUUAAUUUGUUAAAAUCAACUCGUAUGAAGAUUUUCUUCCUUGAAUUUGCUCAAAAUAAUUCGUAGGAAAUGAUUGAGAUUGAAAGAUCCUCCUUAUCACCGAAUACAGCGGCUGAGAAAACCGUCCCACCUCAGGGUCCAUUUAGUAGCGUGACAUGACCUUCAUCACUAGAUGGAGUUUGUCCAGGUGUCAUGGAGGCGAGGAAGAAAUUCCUCUAGGUCCUCUAAGAAGAGAAGUCCUGAGGCAGGUUGACUCGCUGUUUCCCUUGUUUUGACAAACUGAGACUGUGAGGACUGAAAACCCACAAAAACUACUUGAUACCACGGAGAGUUUUUUACAGUGCGGAUGGAUCCGGUUCCGUCCGUCUUUUCUGUUUAGUUUUUCCAGUUCUGUUGCUGCUUCAGCUGUCGUGUCACUCUGUCUCCAUCCUCUUCUUCCUCUGUGAUCUUACUUUGGUGGUGUGUGUGUGUGUGUGUGUGUGUCUGUGUGCGUGCGUGCGUGCGUGCGUGCGUCCGCGUGCGCGUGCCGGGGGGUCGUUUUAUUGUGUCGGUGAACUUCCUGUGCUGCUGCUGUGUGACGGUGUCUUGAGUCCAGCUCUCGGUUCCCGUUCUUAUUAAAGUGUAAUGUCACUAAAUAAUAAAAAAAAAAGCCUUGUACAUGUUUGUAUUAGUUAACUAAUGAACGCUAAUCAUCAUCAUCAUCAUCAUCAUCAUCACCCCCACUAACUGUAGCUUCUCUUAAUUUCCUCCCAGAUGUUUUUUGUCAUUCCAGUCGACGGUGGAGCUUCAGUCUUUUUGCCUUAACAUCGAUCAGUCGCUGUUUGAUUUCUUGUAAAGAAAAAGUUUUAAAAAAUCACAGAAUGAAAACUGUUUUUGUUCCCAUUAUUUUUUAAAGUGCACUGUAUACGAAUGUUUUUUCACUCUUGUGUGACCAAAGCUUCCAUUACUGAUUCAAGAUGGAGACGCGAUGAAACGGAAAUAAAAUGACAAGAAGAAUAAAGGAGCUGAUUUUGAAAUUCACAACAUUAUAGUUGUUUAAGCUUAAGCAGGUCUGUAAUCCACCCUGGUCAUACUGAGACUGAAUAAAACUUUACGGACACUUUUCUUAAAAUCUUCUGUGUGAACAGUUUCCUGGGCCCGUCCGAGAGAGAGACGCGCUCUGAUUGGACGGGGAGGUCAGAAAUCGGUGCUGUCAUUGGCUGCGGGUUUUUCAGUCCAAGCGUCAAACGCAACGGUAGCAACAGGUUUCCCCGCGGGCCGACGCUCCUCCGCCGCCGCCGCCGCCGUCCGCUCCGGACGCUGCGCUUCCGAAGGCCGUAAAUGGCGGUAGGACACUGUGAGAUUUGCGAGGUAGCACUGGGAUAAAGACAAGAUGUCUGCGGGGAUUCUUUACGCAGACAGAGGGUAAAUGUCGGACCCUGGAGUGUUGAUUCAGAGAAACCGGUUUGUCCCGGGGUCGGAUGAGGAAAUCAGACCUGGAUGGUUCUGAGAGGUUUCUGAAAGUAGUCGGGUGUAGUGACACGUCUUUACCUGACAAAUUCACGAUAAAUACAAGUUCGGCAUUGUAAAAUAAAAUAGAACCAGAAUCAAAUGAAAGUCGAGUAAUUCGUCGGGAGAGCGGCCGGGUCCAGGCAGAGAAGGGCUCAACCCCAGCGUCUACCUCUCGGGGACGGAGUGGACGCACACGGAGGCUCCAGGGAGACGUGGUGCGGAGGUGUGGCCGGUAACGGAGGCUUUCUCCCCUGGGGCCCUGAAGUGGUUUCAACUGUUGUCAAGAAAAUGAAAACGGAUGAAAACUGGAUGGAAGUUCCGACUCGGGCUGAAACCGGUCUGCACAGAAAUGUCUAAAUGUAACCUGUGAAAAAUAAACUCACGUUAUCGUAGUGAAAAAUAAUGUCUUUAUUAGAAAACGAGAGUUUCGAUCAAACCUCAACUUCAUUGUUUUAAUUCCAAUAAACGUCUCUUGUGCUACU